AUGUCAGAUGAUAUCAGGAAAAGGUUUGAAUUUCCAAAUUCCCUUGUUCAAUCACAGGCUGUGGGCCAUCUGAUUGCUGCAGUCCUAAAGGAAAGUGGUUGUUCAGAAAAGAUCCAGCAGUUCACAAACCAGAAGUCCGCUCUGAACUUGCUGUGGGAGAAGUGUUGCAGUGACAACGUAGUGGUUCGAACAGCCUGCUGUGAAGGUUUGGUGGCACUUGUUGCCCAGGGUCAUGUGGAAUUCAGCUAUGUUCUCAAUGGGACACUCAACCUGAUUCCCUCAACCAGGAAUACCCAUGGCUUGAUAAAAACCAUUGUGAAAUUAUUACAAAUGCAAGCUUUUAAGGAAGCACAGGAUGGGGAGAAGAAUAUUCAGGAUAUAUAUACUAUUAGAUCUCAUCCUCAGCCUUUAAUCACUGUGCUUGAACACAGGCCUGACUGCUGGCCAGUUCUUUUGCAGCAGCUGACAACUUUUUUCCAGCAAUGCCCUGAAAGGUCAGAGACUCCAUGUGUCCAAAUAAUGGCACCAUUUCUGUGGUAUCUAUAUUGUGAACCAUCCCAGUUACAAGAGUAUGCUGAACUUCGACUAGCCCUGCUCAAAGUCUUGCUUCAACCCUGGAUACUUUGUGAAAAAGAACAACCAUCAGUAUUGGAACAACAUAUUCUUCAACUGUGUUGUGACAUGGUUCCGUGUUUGCAGAUAAAAGAUUUGAUACAGACAACAGAAGUGAUGCUGUUUAUUGAGGAAGUAUAUUUAAACCUCUUGCAUCACCCCAUCUUCUGGAACAUUCAGCUUACUCAGAUGACCCUGCAGCUGCUCUGUAUUUGUGAAGUCAGUUUACACAAAACUGGAGAAUGCUCAUCUCUUAUUCACCUUGUAGAGCGCGGUGCUGAAUUUCUGAAGGAGGACUUUCCUGUUGAACUGGUCAUAGUUGGAAUAGCUUUGCUUCUUCUGCAGACUCCAGCAAGUCAACAGAAGCCAAUCUUAAAUCUAGCUUUGAAGCUCCUCUCUUAUGCCGAGGGCCAGAAAAUUCCAAAGUCAUCCCUGCUGCUUGUAAUGCCGAUCCUGCAGAUUUUAUCCUCAACUGCCUUGGAAGACUGUAUAUUCGUGGAUGAAGAAGGCCCCUCUAGACAGCAGUUGGCUCUGAACCUUUUAGAAAUGGUACAGCAGGAUAACUACAGAGACCACGACCUGCAGCUCUCUUACAAGCUGGCAUUCCCCAUAACCAGCCUGUAUGGUUCAAUACUGACAACGUGGAGGAUGCUUGAAGUAAUGAGAGACGAGUCUGCGGCCUGCGACUGGUUGGCCUCAGUAGAGUCAUUGCUCCCUAUCACUACCGUCAUCCCUGCACAUGUUUUUCUUUUGCUGGCAUAUCUCCUUGUUGAAGAUAAAGGACAGAAUCUUCGCCAAAUCCUCAAGGUCACUACAGAACUAGCCCAAGCAGAUUCAUCUCAGGUUCCAAAUCUAAUUCCAGUUUUGAUGUUCAAACUAGGAAGACCACUGGAUCCUGUUUUAUACAAUGAUAUCCUGUAUACAUUACCUACUCUUGGUGUGCACAAGGUGUGCAUAGGUCAAAUUCUACGAAUCAUCCAACUGCUUGGAACCACUCCACAACUAAGAGCUGUUACUUUGCGCUUGUUGACAUCAUUGUGGGAAAAGCAGGAUCGUGUGUAUCCUGAACUACAGAGGUUCAUGGCUAUGUCCGAUGUGCCUUCUCUGUCUGUGGGCAAGGAGAUCCAGUGGGAGAAACUGAUUGCAAAAGCAGCAUCCAUCAGAGAUAUAUGUAAGCAAAGGCCCUAUCAGCACGGUGCUGACAUGUUGGCAGCUAUUUCUCAGGUGUUAAAUGAAUGCACUAAAUCAGAUCAAGCUACUCCGGCAGCUUUAGUGUUACAAGGUCUUCAUGCACUUUGUCAAGCUGAGGUUGUUUGCAUUCGUUCUACUUGGAAUGCUCUUUCCCCAAAGUUGAGCUGUGACACAAGACCUCUCAUUUUAAAGACACUCAGUGAAUUGUUUUCUCUGGUUCCUUCCUUAACAGUCAAUACUGUUGACUAUGAGAAUUUUAAAGUUCAAGUCCUCAGCUUCCUCUGGACUCACACACAAAACCAGGACCCAGUUGUAGCAAAGGCUGCAUAUAAAUCUCUGUCACACUUUAGUGCUGGGGAACAUACCAUUCUUCACCUGCCUGAACAGGUAAGACCAGAAAUCCCUGUGUCUGAUGAGCUUGAUGAAGAUGAUGAUGAUGAAGGUGGUGAAAAGGAUACAGACCUUUCAGUUCCUGGCUCUUGCUAUCUCGAACUGUUGUCACUCACAGCUCCUUCAGUAUUACCAGCAUUGGAGGAAUUUUUUACAUCACUUGUGAAGCAAGAAAUGGUGAAUAUGCCUCGUGGGAUUUACCAUUCUGCGUUAAAAGGAGGUGUCCGUUCAGAUCAAGGAAAAACAAUUGCAGGAAUCCCCAAUUUUAUGUUGAAAAUGUAUGAAACAAACAAACAGCCAGGACUGAAACCUGGCCUUGCAGGUGGUAUGUUAUUUUGUUAUGAUGUUUCUAUGUAUCAGAGUAAAGAUGGCAAGCCAUUGAAUCGCUUGAUGGCCAGUAGAGGGCGAAGUUUCAAGCAGACAUCACUUGCUCUUAUACAUGAGGUUCACAUUCAGCUCUCCGAGUGGCACCGUGCGGUAUUUCUCCCCCAGGCUUGGCUUGCAUAUAUGAAUCGAGCAUAUCAUGCCAUUUUACAGGGACGAAUGGCAGAGCUGGAGUUACAGUUAAAGCACGGAAAAGAAGGCCUUCAAGAGGUGCAGUACAAAAAAAACGCAGCCUGGCUCUGGGUCAGAGACAUGCUGACUGAUGAGAUCACCAAGGCAGCUGCAAAGGACAGCCCAGUGGUCAAAGGGAAUGCGCUGUUAGCUUUAAGCAGCCUUGCUGUCAUCGUAUCCAAACAUGAAGCCAACCUCUCCUCGGACUCUGAUGGGGCCCUGGAGAUUCAACCUAAUUUCAUUUCCAUGAAAGAGUGGAUUUCCAUGGUGCUUGAUACUCUUCUGGUCAUUGUGGAUAGUCAUUACCAACCCAGAGGACAACUCUUCUCCUGGUUUUAUUAUAAAUCCUAUUCCGGUGAAAACACAGCGAGCACCAUUGCCCGUUCAGCUGCCGCCACGGCUUUGUCCCUCCUCGUACCAGUUGUCAUUAUCUCUUGCAAAGAGAAGGUUGAGGAAAUCCUGAACAUGCUGUCUGCCAGGUUACCUGGGAAACCAAGUGCUGAUGAGCCUCAAACAGUACAAAUCCACAUGGGCCUUGCUUUGGGGAUGUUUCUCUCUCGUUUGUGUGAAGAGAAACUCAGUGACGUGUCAGGCCAACAGAUGAACCUUCUCCUGAUGAAGUCUUUGGAUGCUCUAGAAAAUUGCUGCUUUGACACCACUCUUGAAUACAACACGGGUUGUAUACUGGGAGUUGGACUUGUUCUAUCCCUCAUGAGCCAUAACAACCAAGUAGAGUCCCGGGUCCACGUGGCAGCAUCUCUUCGGAAGCUCUCCACUCACCUGGAAAACAGUGGGAGCCAGAGCAGGACAUUUCAGGAGGUCCUUGCCUACACCCUUAGCUGUGUGUGCACAUCAGCAUUCAGUGCUGGAAUUAUCAAUGCUGGGGAAGCUGAAGAUACCAUGAACAAACUUCGGCUGUUAGUCGAGAACAACCAGCAGACUUCAGGAUUUGCCCUGGCAUUAGGAAACAUAGUCCAUGGUUUGUCUGUGUGUGGACACGGAAAAGCUGAAGACUUGGGCAACAAACUGCUUCCUGCCUGGAUCAGAAUUGUUCUAGCAGAGGGCACUCCCACGAUGCUCUGUCUGGCAGCUCUUCAUGGCAUGGUAGCCUUGGUAGGCUCUGAAGGGGCUGUAAUACAGGUGAAGUCCGAAGCCAUCCAGACCUCUCAGUUUCAAGGCCGACUUAAUGAAGUCAUAAGAACCCUAACUCAGGUUAUCAGUGUCUCUGGGGUGAUUGGCCUUCAGUCAAAUGCAAUCUGGCUUCUAGGACAUCUUCAUCUGUCUGUUCUGUCCUCAAAUCAAAGUCGAACCUCUGUUCCCACUGACUAUAGCUAUUUGCCGGAAAGCAGUUUUAUUAGAGCAGCCAUUGGCUUCUUCAUUACAGGAGGAAAAAAAGGUCCUGAGUCUGUGCCCCCUCCCCUUCUUAAAGUAGUGAUGAAGCCCAUAGCAAUGGUUGGAGAAAGCUAUCAAUACCCUCCUGUGAACUGGGCUGCUCUACUAUCUCCACUAAUGAGACUGAACUUUGGUGAAGAGAUACAGCAGCUGUGCCUUGAAAUUAUGGUGACCCAGGCACAGUCAUCGCAGAAUGCAGCUGCGCUCUUGGGCUUGUGGGUGAUGCCGCCACUAACCCAUAAUCUGAGUCUGAGUAUCAAGAAAUACCUCCUGGUAUCUGCACCUCUGUGGAUAAAACACGUGUCUGAGGAACAGAUCCUGGCUUUUGUUGAAAAUGUAAUGGUGGCAGUUUUUCAAGCCGCUCCCCCCAUUUCAAGUGCUGAGCUAUGCCAGAAUGCCUUACAGGGUUUGAGCCAGGCCAUGAAACUGCCCAGUCCUGCACACCACCUCUGGAGUCUGCUCAGUGACGCUGUUAGGAAAAUUUUUGACCUUCUGCCAAAUAAGAUUCGGAGAAAUGAAAUCGAGCUGUAUAUCAGUGUAGCAAAAUGCCUCUCGGAAAUGACUGAUGAUGAUGCCAACCGAAUUGCCCGGGUUACUAAGGACAACAUAGAAAAGGCUGCCUUUGUCAAACUGUACUUAAUCUCUCAAGGACGGUUCCCCAUGAUGCACUUGACUGACAUCCUCAGUGUGGCUGUGCAGCACCAGGAUAAGGAGACACUGGCCUGGCUGAUGCUGCACAGCUUAUACCAUGCACGGAUCGUGAGCCACACCAACACAGGCGUGCUGAAGAGAAUGGAGUGGCUCUUGGACAUGAUGGGUUACAUUCGAAACGUUGCUUACCAGUCAGCAUCUGUUCAGAAUGUGGCUCUUGAUGAGGCUCUGGACUUCUUUUUGCUGAUAUUUGCAGCAGCAGUAGUUGCCUGGGCUGACCAUGCGGCCCCGCUCCUUCUUGGCCUCAGUGCCAGCUGGCUGCCCUGGCAUUGCAGCUCAGCUGAGUCGGCAUCCGGCUUCCUUGGCAGCAGUCCCAUGCACCGGGUCACUCUGGAGGAGACUCUCACUCUCCUUUCCAAUAGCAUGCCUCUCCUCCUGCAGAAGGAACCGUGGAAGGAGCAGACUCAGAAGUUCAUUAACUGGUUAUUCAACAUCAUGGAAACCCCUACUGAAGCCCUUUCAGCGAAAUCCAAGGAUCUUUUAAAAGCUACCCUCCUGUCGUUGAGAGUUCUCCCGGAGUUUAAGAAGAAAGCUGUAUGGACCAGAGCCUACGGCUGGUAG